GUUUUACGGCAAAGUGCCGUGUUUCCGUUUUGUGCCUAAUACAAACAAUUUCGUUGAGCACUCCUAAUCAUUUUGUUAAUUUUAAUAGUAAUAAAACAGUUAGUGCACGAUAACGUCGAUUUUUAAAGUACACACUUUAGUUGUUUAAGAAAGCAUGUCAGUUGUUCCUCCAAAUCGCUCGUCUACCGGUUGGCCGCGCGGAGUUAAUCAGUUCGGAAACAAAUACAUUAGCCCACCGGCUAAACCUUUAACCCUGGAGAGGACCAUCAACCUAUAUCCUUUGACCAAUUACACUUUUGGCACAAAAGAGCCACUGUAUGAGAAGGACAGUUCAGUGGCCGCCAGGUUUCAGCGCAUGCGCGAGGAGUUUGAGAAGAUCGGGAUGAGGCGCACGGUGGAGGGAGUGCUGAUUGUACACGAGCACAGACUGCCUCAUGUCCUGCUGCUGCAGCUGGGAACCACCUUCUUCAAACUCCCUGGUGGAGAGUUAAACCCAGGAGAGGAUGAGGUAGAGGGCUUAAAGCGGCUGAUGACGGAGAUCUUGGGUCGUCAGGAUGGUGUGAAGCAGGACUGGGUGAUUGAUGACUGCAUUGGAAACUGGUGGAGACCCAACUUUGAACCACCACAGUACCCCUACAUUCCAGCACACAUCACUAAGCCCAAGGAACAUAAGAAGCUUUUCUUGGUCCAGUUACAAGAGAAAGCAUUGUUUGCUGUGCCAAAAAACUACAAGUUGGUGGCUGCCCCCUUGUUCGAGCUCUACGACAAUGCUCCUGGAUACGGGCCUAUUAUAUCCAGCCUCCCUCAGUUACUCAGCAGGUUAACAUUGAAUUUGGUUACCCAACUGGAGUACCAACACAACUGACCAGACAGUACGCCAGACACCUUCAACAGUAGUGCAGUGAUUGCCUGCCAGUGUUUCUUUUACUUUUCAAAUGUCAGUUUCUUGUACUUGAGGCGCUAAUGUCACAAUUGUGUCAGAAAAUCGAAUGUUUUGGAUUCAUUUUGAUUUAUUUUACUCACAGGAAUGUCUGUCUUUCUGUGUGUCUGGUGAUAUUUAUCUAGGAAAUAUUCAUUUCAUACCAUUAAUGUGGAAGGAAAUACAUUCCACAUGUUUGUUACGCUCAAGAAUUAAUGUUAAUGUAAAAUUUGUUUGUUUGUUUACAAGUAAACUCUAUAGGAUAAACUACCUUUUUAAUUUGAAGUUCAAGAAGAAUACUCAGUUUAAUCCUACAUAAAUCACAACAGGUUUGGUCUGGUUCUGAACAUUUGCAAAUUUUUUAUUUUUUAAGUUGGUACGUUCCACAAUCAACAUGGCCAAAACAUUUACACCUCAAGGCAAUGACAAAAAUGCUUUUAGAAAAGCAUAACGCAAAAGUUCAACAUACACAUUAUGGCUGUUGCAGACUGAUACUGCCAUAUGGUUGUAUUUAUUUUUAUGUGCUACAUAAAUAAAUUGUAUAAAACAAAAAUGAAACCAAAAAUGUUUUCAUCCAGUGACUUCAUACCUGGGAUCAAGCACUUUCAUUAGCCUUUUGAACCCUGGUUUUUCCAUUGUUCUAACUGGAAGCAUGUCUUUCGCUAUAAAAUAUGAAAUUGUGCUUAUGUCUUUGUGUCUUUUUGAACUCCUCUCAUAUGGAGUAAUCAUUGAAACGGUGGUUACGAGCGACUGCUGCAGGGGAUUCACUGUCAGGCUAGCAGAAGAGGCUUGUUUAAGAGUUCAGAUGCUAGUGCUAGCAGUCUUGGCCCUCAGACUUUGGCUCCCUGUAUACUCAAUAGGAUGAGAACUUCUCAAGUGGUAGAAAAGGUUUGUUGUGUUUCCCGUCUUCAUUUGCACGUCGCCUACAUAUUCUACAAUAAACGUCGUUCUGCUCUAUAUCCAGCUUUUGAAACUGAAGCCACUUCCAUAUCGCAGAAUUUGUGAGGCCUCGUUUCGAUACAAAUUCAUCGUCUUCAGCAGCCAUUUGACUCUCCUCACGGCUACUCGUUUCUAAGUUUCCGAAAACACUUCUUCCUGGUUUUGGAACGCGUGUCACCUUUCAGCUGUAGUGUCAUUAGUUCCACGAAAGACUUGCGUCCACCGCGGACGCAACAGCUCUGUGGAUCAUGAAAAACUGUGUGUGCAAAUGUGUACUAUUUAUUGUGAACAAAGGCUAAAUAUCAAAAAUUGCACAAAAAGUUUAUCGAUAUCGUAGAGCUAUUUUUCUGAUAUCAAUAUCGAUUUAUCGCCCAGCCUUAUAUUUAUCUUGAUUUUUUUUUGCUGUGACUCAGAUCAGGCUGAACUGCAAAUGGCUUCCUAUUCACUAUGUAUGCUCACUACAUAUAUGGUACAACCUAAUGGCAUUGUAGUACAUGCACCAGAUGCCUGUUUACACUUUGUUGUUGGCCUAUUUAAUAUAUAUAUAUAUAUAUAUAAAAAUUAUUUUCACACCAUUUUGUGUUUUUUUCCCCCUUCUUAUUCAAAUUUUAACCUACACAAAAUGCGUGAAGGUUGGCAGAUCUGGUAAUGAGAGGUAAUACACUGUAAUCUCAUUCUAUACUCAGGAAAAGUCAAGAGCACAGUCUACAGGAAGACUUAGUGAUUAAAUAAGCUGGUUCCUCAAACACCUAAAGAACACCAAAUUCUUAAAGAACAAAAUGCUCAUCACACUUUUCAUAAUAGUAUUAACUUUGCACUCAGCAAUCUGUUUCCCAUUAAGAUUAAAAUAUUGCCACAUUGGUUUGGGUCAUUCACCAUCAUUACUCCAAACUUGCUAUGUCUUGUGUUCAGUAGAAGCCCUAUGAGGUAGUAGCAUCACACACAUUUUAAUGUAUAAUAAGUCAGUGUCAAAGAAAAUCAAUUCACCAAUUUCAACUAAUAUUGUAUUAAUUAAUUACAUGGUUACCCAAUAAGUACUUCAUUAGUUGACCACUCUGUGCCAUCAGUAGUCAUCACCCCUUUACUUACACAUGUAAUUGUAAAAAGAGAUUGGAAACCGACUUAAAUACUCCAACAGAGAUGAAUAGUUCUGUAAUCUCACUUAAAACCAUACCGUGUUGUACCACUCUGUUGGGUAAAAAAUGGCAAAAGUCUCUGAAAAUGACGAGCAUGCAUAAUUAGAUCAGACAGGACAUUGCUAAUACCUACAACUGUUUUCCCUCCU